AUGACUCUCAGCGAACGAGCGAACGCUUUAAUUGCCUGGCUUGGAGACGAGGAGAGUCGUCCUCCACUCUUCCUCAUUGAUGAUCUCGAUGCUCUGAAAAGCAUGAGCAACCUUACGUCCAUCCUUCCCUCCACUGCACAGACUAUCAUCUACACCGGGCGUGACCCGUACAUGUUCGUAGAUCCACCAGGAGAUAUCGCGAUGUUCUCAAUUGAUAAGAUGGAUCUCGACGAGACUGUUGAAAUUAUGCAGAGAGUGCUGAAAAGUCUUCCGCCGGGCAGUCGACUACCCACAAUCUCAGAGCAAGCUUUGAAACAGACUGCCACUCUCUUGGACGGACACCCUCUUGCGGCUUAUACUAACAACCCCGACUGGGAAUCGAGGCUCGCAUUCAUAGACUUCAAACCUCGCCCAGGUCGCUCGAUUCGAGAAGUGUUUGAAGUGUCGCUAAAUCGUCUCGAGCAUGGCUCUCCGGUCGCAAGCCAAUUGCUGCACAUUGCCGCAUUCCUCAGUGGAUCGGGACUGGACUUCAUCAAAUUUCUAAGGCUGGACCGGCCGUGGAUCUCCAAACUAGAGGCAGGGCUCCCACAAGUAGAGCUUUUCACAACGAAGACUGCAGCUCGUCGAGUCUUUUUGAAUCAGCUGGAGAGCACGUCAUCGUUUACUUGCAAUGCGACCGAUGGAACGUUGAUGAUUCCACAGCUGUGGCUAGAAUGUCUUCGCCAGCGUGUUCGACAUCCAGGACGAAUCCGGAUCCUACGUCAGCUGUGCCUUCUCGCAAAGGCAUCAAUAUUCUUGCAAAAGAACGGAGACGUAGUUCGCCCGUACCUCGGAAACUGUAUGGAAAUUGCAAGGUCAUUCCGUAUCUCUGAGGCAGAAAUCAACUAUUCUGAUGACGAUAUUUGUCAACUGUUGCAGGACCACCAAGUGCCAAUCACCUUAACCACUGUCCUCCAACAAUGUCAGAUGAUUGAGACCAAUUUUUCGCAAGAGCCGGGUUUCGCUACAGAUGAAGCGUUCAACAAGUACGUGUCUCAGAUUACGCCGCUUCUGCGGCAGUUCAUGGACUUCGAGAGGCUUCACGAUUGGGCUACAAGCAGCCGAGUCACCGUCACGUUGCACAUCGAGGUAUACGAUAUCUUCAUCAGAAUCAUUCGUGGUAAUGCGGGUUUGUCAUUGCGAUUGCAGCAGCAACGCAAAGCUUUCAUGGCCAAACACCGAAUUGGCGGCUAG